AUGCACAUGUGCAAAUAGCUAUUUAAUUUCUUACUGCUGUAUUGAUACUUAUACGCCAGGCAAGUUAUUCUGAGUACUCCUUGCUGCUCUGCGCGCUGAAGGGCAAAGAUAUGUGGCUUGAUCCUUCUAAGGUACAACCCGCCGCUAAAGCGCUCCGUGCUGGGUGCGGGCUCAGCGUUUUAGGCUAAUUCUAGUAGCCUGAAUGGAGUUGGGCUUGCUCCAAGACGACGUCGGUUCGCCUGCGGAAGCCGAUGAUAUCCUUAGGUCCCUGCUGGCGGAUGACAUUUCAGAUGCUCCCGGCCUCAUAUUCGAUAACUCGCUCGCUGAGGCCGGUGACCACGGUCACGCGACCGGUGCGCCCGUGUCGGCCGUGCCCGGUGCAGCUUCAGUGACGGGGGCCUUCGACGGUUUAUUGCCCAACCUAUGGCAGCUUGGUACCGCCGUGGGGCCGCCAGCUCCACAGGCGCAACCGCUCCCAGAGCCGCUGCAGCAGCAGGCACUGCUCCACCCGACGCAGACUCAGGCGGACGAGGUGCAGCGCCGCCACGCAGACGUGAUGGCGUGGCUGGCGGCAUCAGAAGGCAUGGGAGGCAUUGCGGUGUCACCAGAGGUGCUUUCAUUUCCCCAAGCGCAGCCUGGCAUCGGGCUUCUGAUGGGUGGCAUGCAGGGCGCCUCCGCAGCUCAGUAUGGCGGCGGCAUGGCUGGCUCAGGGCUGGGCGCGGGUUUGCCGGAGCGCCGCAUCAGCAACACCUCAGCCGGCGCCAUGGCAGCUGCUGGCGCUGUCCACCCGCACCCACAACAGCUAUUGGUGCCGGCAGCCCUGUCGCCGACCGCUGCGGCUGUGACGCAUGGCGGCAUCGCGCGGGUGUCGGCAGGCUCGGCCAGCCUGGCGCCGGCGUCAGUGGAGCCGAUGCUCACGUCGCACCUGACGGCAGCAGCUCGACCCAGCCUGUCGUUCAGCGGGCAUGCGCCCCAGCAGCUGAUGCAGGGCAUGCUUCUGCCGCCGCACCAGAUGGCGGCGGCGGCGCAGCAGCAGCAGCAGCAGCAGCAGCAGCAUGUGCUUUUGGUUCAACAGCAGGCGGCGCUGCAGGGCCAGCCUUCUACCAUGAGCGCCGGCAUGGCCGCCGGUUUGAUGCCGCCGGUCAUGCCGCAGGCGGUGGCUGCGGCGGUUGUCGGGAACAGCACCUCUGGUGGAACUGGCGUGCCCCAGCAGCACAUGCAGGCGGGAAGCGCAAUGGGGGCUGCACCGGGCGCGCAAGAUGACCGGUUGUUUGCAGAGAUUGAAGCGAUGCCAUUCCCCAGGUACCCGCACCGCCACCACCUGCAACAUGCCGCCAUGACCUUUGUCGCCGCUUACGGCAAGACCUCACGCGGCUCUGGCACCGCUGCAACCCUGAUGUCAGGACCAGUGCCACAGGCUCCCGUGCCUGUCGCCGCCGAACUUGAGGCUGCGUGGCGUGGACCGAACGCCGAGGCUCCGAGCUGUGUCGCAGCCUCAACUCGCGGCGCCGCACGCCGUAUCACCGGCUCCGUGUGGCCCGCAGGCGGCAACGCUUCAGGGAGCACAGCGGGUGAUGUGGUGCCAGCGGCGUUGGCAGCAGCAGCACCGGAAGCCGGAGAGCGCCAGGGGCCGUCCCGUUUGCCGGGGGUUGGGCAAGGCGGUACCGUGCCACUUGUCGGCGGCGCGCCCCUCGCGCCCGGCGCAGCAGCGCCGCUGGCGCCUUCAGCUGCACCCAACGCGCAGCUGCUUGCGAUGCUGGGCCGCCCUGAGUCCCAGCACCAGCCGCAGCCGCCAGCACAGCAGCCGCCACAGCAGCCACAGCCCACCGCACGGGCGCCGCAUGCUGCGGCCACGCACGGCCAUGCUCUGGUGCAGAGUGACCAGUACCAGAUGCUGCAGAGCCUGGGCAGCCUGGUGCAGUCGGGCAAUUGGCUGGGCGGCGCCGGGCCGCAGGGCUGGGCCGUAGCCACGGAGCCGCUGCUGCCGUGGGCGCAGCGCGAUGACAGCUUUGCGGCUGCGGCCGGGGGCCUGCUCGGCAACCUUGGUGCCGGCGGCGGCGCUGCCGCGGUGGCGGGCCUGUCAGCUCCAGUGCUUGCCCUGUCCGCGCCGGUGACGCUGCGCGACCUGCACUCCGUGUGCGACAACAUGACGCGCGGCCCGGGCGAGGGCGGCGUCAGCCGCUUUGCUGCGGGCGGCGGCGAGGGCGACGGAGGCGCUGGCGGCGAAGGCCUUAUGUCGAUGACGGCUGCCUCGUUUGACAUGAUGGGGGAUGCCGCGGAGACCUGCACGAACGCGGACACGAUCAUGCGCACAGUCAGCUUCUCCAGGCACGGCGGCAGCAAGGGCAGCUCCAGCAUGACGACGGGCAGCAGCAUGGGGUCCGGAGACCGCACAGGUGAACGGGUUUCGGCCGCCGCAUAUGCGCGCCCGCCCGGGCCCGCGGCCGCUCAUGGCGAGGCCGCCCUUCGCAGCAACGAGCAGUCCGCACACCAAGGUCCGGCUGCAGCGGCAGCAGCCGCAGCAGCGGCAGCAGCCGCAGCAGCAGCGGCAGCAGCGGUAUCAGCGGCAGCAGCAGCUGCUGCUGCCAAAGUGACAGCCGGGGCCAACGCCACUGGCGCCAAGAGGUUGGCCGGCCAGUCGUCGGGAGUGACGGGUGCAUCCCAAGACGGCGCGCGCUCGCUCGAGCCGCGCCAGCAGUCCAUGCCCCCUGGCUCGGAGCGGCUGCCUUCGCGCACGCCCUCCGAUACGGCCCGGAUCCUGCAGCUAGGGCCCGAGGCCACCAAAGAGCACAGCGAGGGCAACAAGGGAGAAAGUGAGGCCGACAAGGCUGCAGGAAGAGCCGAAGGCCAGUCUGCGGCGCCCGAGCCGCGCGUGCGCGGCGCUGCGGGCCGGCGCCGUGGGACCGGGGCAAGCAGGCGCGACAGGCGAGCGCCGACACACGGAGCAGCCGGUGCCGAAGAGGAGUAUGGCGACGACGAGGCGGAGGGGCAGCGGGCUAGCGGGACGCAGCAGAAGCCACAGGCGCAGCAGAAGAGUGAGACGGGAGAUGGUGUGCAGAGUCGGGACCCUGAGCUGGGGGCGCAGCCGGAGCCAGAGCUGGAGCGGGAGCUGCUGCCAGUGCGGUGGUCGCUCCGGUCACGGACGCGUCCCCCGGCCAGCGUCAUGCAGAAGAGCGCCGGCUCGCCGGACGCUGCUAAGCCUGCCAAGGCCAAGCCGAAGCGCGCGCAAGCGGCCAAGGCGCAGGCGAAGGCGCGUAAGGGCAAGCGGCAAAGCACGAAGGAGGAUAGCGAUGCCGGGGACAGCUCCAGCAGCACCAGCAGCAGAGACAACAGCAAUGAGCCGCAGAGCGCGAAGGGCAGCGAGAGCGGCAGCGGUGGCGGCCGCAAUCACCGCGGCGGCCGUAGUGGUGCCGGUGCCGCUGCGAAAGAAAGCAGCGGCGCUGGCACCGAAAGCGAUGCGGCAGACGGCGCGACCGCAGGCGCAGCCGGCGGCGGCGGCAGCGCUUUCCGCCGUGCGCGCGCGGUGACCUUUGAAGACAUGCAAGCGGUGUUUCACCUGCGUGUGGUGGAGGCGGCGCGCGCUCUGGGCUUCAGCGCCACUGAGUUGAAGCGGCGCUGCCGCGCGCUCGGCUUCAGCCGCUGGCCGCAGCGCAAGCUGCUGAGCCUGCAGCGCAUGGCGGACUCGGCGGCGGCGGACAAACGGCUCGCGCCGGAUCAGAAGCAGGCCAUGCUGGCGGCGCUGGAGCGCAACCGCGUGGCCAUCAUGGCGCGGCCCGACACGCCGCUGGAGGAUGGCAUCAAGGUGGCCCGCCAGGUGCAGUACAAAGCGCUGCACAACAACCGAACCAAGGGCGGCGCAGCGGCCGGUGCCGCCGACGCGUCUGGAGCAGGCGACGAGGACGACGCUGAUGAGUAGCAGGGCUAGGCUGGGGCAUCCGCGUGGCGGUCUCGGCUCGCUUCAUUGCAAGGGCUAAAGAGUCCCCAGCGGAGGCGAAGGAUGCUAAGGCAGAGAAUGUGAAAGCGGACGAUGCAGUGCGUGGCGUGGCGCAUGUUAUCAAGCUGUUGAGUUUAGAAGCUCAGACGCAUGCGCAGUCAUUUCAUUUCUGUCCACUCCAUGGACGGCGUUUGAUUUUCCUGGGCGCAGAGAUGCCCGCAAGCAAUGGCACACACACCAUGUUACGGAAUCUGUAAGGAUUGUUAUUAGUUGGCCAGCCUGCGGGGCCUUACACGCGUAUGCAGCGUUGCAUUCCGUGGCUUUCGCCGUGCUGAUCUCCGUGUUUUUGGAGCAGCUGGUCUGUGCGCUAAGCAAGGAAGGAGUUUCCUCCUUGUAGGCCACGGGCCUAUCGUGCCCGUGGCACCAUUGCGGAAUUUGCAUGGCUGUGCUGAGCACUUAGGCGAGUUUGCGCGCACAUGAACUGGGGGGCCUGCGGCUUUUGCGGCGAUAUAAACCGCUGGGCAUGCAGCAUGGCCCCAGAUACAGUCGGAUGUGCGUGCGUACGUGUUUUAUACGUGUUCGUAAGUUCAUUUUGGCGAGUGGAGAUUGCUAAUACCAUGGCCUGGCUGAUGGCACCCGCGUGUCAUUGUAUGGAAGUGUGUCUGCGCCGGUAUGCCAGCCAAGCCGGUGCAGAAUCGCGUUGUUUCGUUUGCUGUACGGCUGUAUCAGUUUCAGGCGCUAAAUACGGAGUUUCCAUGCAAGAGUCCAGAUAAUAAGGCUUGGAGUUGUUCAAAACUAGGGGGAGAGAGAAAGCGCUGCGGUCCAGGUGGCCUGGGGCCUGGGAGAAGCCGCAAGCUGAACGUUGAACGUAAAACGGCGCGUUUGGGGUGUGAGGCAUAAGUGGGGCACAGAGGGAACCGCCCUGUGGUCAGCGUGUAACGAGAGCUAAGAGGGCAACGACACGCGUGUGGCUGAGUUUGCCUGCAACGGUGUGGCAGGCGGAGGGAUUAAUGGGGUUGGCUGUGAACGACCUCGUGAGCCACUGAACAGGGGCGAGCUGUCCAUUGAAACAGCGCGCUGGUGAAUGAGAUACGAGUACUCUACGGGCCCUGUAACCAGGGACCUGCGAGCCGGUCUUUGGGAAGCGCCUGGUCAAGACUUACAUUUCGUUUGAAUAGAUUUUGGCUAUUUGAUUGCCUCUACCGCCACCGACCCCAAGUGGUCGCCAACGCGGGUGGGGCGCGGAGCCUGGACGUUUGGGGGGACCCUAGUGCCCCGGUUAACCCGAGACCAGGAGACGAUGAAAAGGCCGCGGUGCCUGUACGGCUGUCGCGAUUGACGUUGCGGGUCCAUGUGAGGACCACAAGAUGAGGCAACAUGAAUAAGUGAUGUUUAGGGCGAUAGAAGAGGAAUGAGUAACUAGGGGACAAUGGUGAGCGAGCGAGUUCCCCAUGAUGGCGGGGGGAGAGCGCAACUGAAUGCCGUGGAGAUCGCCGCUGUGGCGGGGGCAGUGGCGGGGGCAGACAGGUCAAGGAGGGCUCGGGAGUGCUGUGAGGAAAGUUCAAAUAAAUUGUGCAGUGGCAUAGACGCCCGGGGCGUGCCGGCGGCAGGUGGUGAGACCACCGUGCACGGCAGGCCCCCGCUCAUGCCUCGGGCACCACGAUAGAUGCAGUCGGCAGUGAAGUGUGUGCUGCAAUACACGUGGGGCGCCAGACCCCAGGGGAGGCCCCUCCCCUGCGAGCAGGGACUAAUAACAACAUGGACGUGGCCGCUGGCAUGAAUGAGGAGUCGUGGCAGCUGGCCAUGCAAGAAAAGUGUGUCAUCGGCUCACCUCCUGUAACACAACAAAAAG